UUGUCUUCUGCCCGGGACACUGGGGGAUGAGGGUACCGCGACCCCUGUAUGUGUGGGGCGAUCACAAGAGGUGGCGUCCCGUGUCAGCUCUUUGUCUGCCAGGUCUGUGACCUCCCACCUCUGAUGAGUGAUUAUCACAGGAUCUGGGGGAUCAGCCCAGGCUGUCUCCACGCAUUAAACACCAGCACAAUCAGCCUCGUUAGUAGCACACUCGAGAGGCUUUAGCCACGCUUGUGUGUGUUGCACAGAAAAAACACACACACAGGAGGAGGGGUGCGAGAAAGAAAAUAAAGGAAACGGAAGCCAACCAAAAAGAGUAACAGCAGCAGCAGCAGAGGUCUAUCCAGCAGCAGCAGCACCAGCAGAGGGACCCUCCUCUGAUCACCGCUUGUACUCAGUUCCAGCAGUAGCUCAGCAGCACGGGCUAGCGAGAGGAGUCUAAGCACUUGGCUGCACAUGAACUCAUUUGGAUCCUCCUGAAUCCUGGAUCUGCUUUGGGGAACAUGUCUUUCUACCACCUCUUUAGUGGCAUGACCUCAUCACCCUUAUCAAUAGGUGCCACAUCUCCUGGGAUUAUUACAUUUACCUACUGGAUCAUUGUACUCAGCACCUUUUUUCAGAUGUCUCUAGGAUCUUCAUUCUUGACAGGAUCUGUGGCUAAAUGCGAGAAUGAGGGGGAAGCCUUAACAAUUCCAUCGAUCACAGAUAACCCCUGCAUCUCCUGCUUGUGUCUGAAUAAAGAAGUGACGUGCAAACGAGAGAAAUGCCCAGUGCUGUCCAAGGAUUGUGCUCUGGUUAUAGAGCAGACAGGAACUUGCUGUGAACGGUGUAAAGGUUGCAACUUCCAAGGUAACCUUUACAACAGCUCUAUGAAAUGGCACGAUUCCAACCAACCCUGCAUUACCCGACAGUGUCAGGAAGGAGUUAUUACUGAAUCAGAAGUUCAGUGUCUCGUUCACUGUAAAAACCCUUUAAGACAACCAGGAAUGUGCUGUCCUACAUGCCCAGGUUGCAUAUAUGAAGGGCGACAGUAUAAAGAAGGAGAUGAAUUUCAGCCAGAAGGGAACAAAUGCCUUAAGUGCUCUUGCAUCGGAGGCAGGACACAGUGCAUAAAAGAAGUCUGCCCGAUCCUGUCAUGCCCCCAACAACUCAGCCAUAUACCCACUGGACAGUGUUGCCCUAAGUGUGUAGGCCAAAGGAAAGUUUUUAACCUGCUUUCAGGAAGCUGUCUUUUUCGCAGUGAUGUCUAUGACAAUAAUUCCAAAGUUAUGGAUGAUGCCUGCACUACAUGCACCUGCAGGGAUUCCACUGUAGUUUGUAAGAAGAAAUGCUCUCCAGCUGGGUCAUGCAAUAGUGGGAAAGAGCAUUGCUGCGAUGAGUGUGUCUCCUACGUGCCAGCAGAAGAAAUCAAAAUCUGCAAGUCUGGAAACAAGAUAUUCAGGGAUGGGGAGAUGUGGUCUUCUGUCAACUGCACCAUCUGUUCAUGUGUGAAAGGCAAAACUGAGUGUCGCAAGAAACAAUGUAUUCCAGUGAACAGCUGCCCACAUGGCAAAAUACUGAACAGAAAAGGAUGCUGCCCCAUUUGCACUGAAAAACCAGGUGUAUGCACUGUUUUUGGAGACCCCCACUAUAACACCUUCGAUGGGAGAACGUUCAAUUUUCAGGGAACCUGUAAGUACGUUUUGACAAAAGAUUGCUCCUCUUCUACCUCAUCAUUUCAAGUACUGGUAAAAAAUGAUGCUCGACGGACACAUUCCUUCUCAUGGACAAAAACAGUUGACCUUUUGAUGGAAGGAAGCAUCAUUAGCCUCCAGCAGCAUCUCACAGUGAAAUGGAAUGGAUCAAGGAUAUCUCUUCCUUUUGAGACACCACAAUUUCACAUAGAUCUGGAUGGCUACCUUCUUAAAGUGACAACCAAAGCAGGUUUGGAAAUUUCAUGGGAUGGAGACAGCUUUGUAGAAGUAAUGGCUGCUCCUCACCUCAAAGGAAAACUUUGUGGUCUUUGUGGAAAUUACAAUGGGCACAAAAGAGAUGAUCUUAUAGGAAGUGAUGGAAACUUUAAAUUUGAUGUGGAUGACUUUGGAGACUCAUGGAGAGUAGAAUCAAAUGAAUUUUGUAACCGUCCACAGAGGAAGACUGUUCCAGAAUUGUGUCAAGGGACUGUUAAGGUAAAGCUUCGCGCUCACAGAGAAUGCCAAAAACUAAAAUCAUGGGACUUCCAGAACUGCCACUCCACAGUCGAUUACAGCAUAUUCUACAAGUCCUGUGUAACAGAUAUGUGUGAAUGCCCAGUGCAUAAAAACUGUUAUUGUGAAUCCUUAAUUGCUUAUGCCAGAGCCUGUCUAAGAGAAGGUGUGAAAGUUCCAUGGAAACCCGAGCACACAUGUGCAGCAACCCAGUGCAAACACGGAGCUGUAUAUGAUACCUGUGGACCCGGAUGCCUCAAGACAUGUGAAAAUUGGAAUGAAAUUGGUCCCUGCAGCAGACCCUGCGUGGCUGGCUGUCACUGCCCUGCCAAUUUAGUACUUCAUCAGGGAAAAUGCAUCAAACCAGCUCUCUGUCCACAGCGGUGACACAAGCCUUCUGACUUUUACACCUGAUUUUUGUUUUUCCUAAACACCCCCAGGGUGAAAAUGAAGGACUCAACUGUGUGAACACAGGACAUGUAAAGAUAUUAUUUCAUGUUGGCACAUUCUCACUCAUGGACACAAUUGAUUAUUAUAAAUAUGGUAUAUGUAUAAAUAUAAAUACAAAUUAUACAUCAUUUAUAUAGGCAAAAGAAAGACAAAUUAUUAUAUGUAUAUUUUUUGCUAUAAUGUUUUAUGUAUUAUUUUUUAGGAUUCUAUCAUUUUAAGCUAUUUGAACAAUUGUAUAAUAAAACAUGUUUUUAAUUUAA